CAUAGUCAACACACUGGCUGAUUGAAAUUUCUUGCCCAGGCCAGGGUUAAGGCAAAGGCAUUUGAAUUUUUGUUGUUAUUUGUAUUAUUAUUGCUGCCCCUGCUGCUGAUAUAGUUUCCAUAGUGUCCUGAUGGGGGACGGGGACAACAUGUCGUCAUCCGCAUCUUGUGGCAAGCCAAAGAUAAUUAUCAUUGAACCCUUCUACGGUGGCAGCCAUAAGCAAUUAAUUGAAACUCUAGUUGAGUGUCUCAAUCCCACCGAUUAUGAGAUCUUUACUCUACCGGCAUCCAAAUGGCAUUGGCGUGCACGCACAUCGGCUCUGUAUUUCUCUCAACUGAUACCCCCAGAGCAUGAGUACAAAGUCCUAUUCACCAGCUCUGUGCUUAAUCUGGCCGAGCUAAUUGGAGUGCGCCCCGAUCUGGUCAGUUGUCGUAAAAUAGUCUAUUUUCAUGAGAAUCAACUUGUAUAUCCGGUGCGUGAGGUCAAGGAGCGUGAUUGUCAAUAUGGUCUAAAUGAAAUACUCACCUGCCUGGCCGCCGACAUUGUGCUCUUCAAUUCGAAUUUCAAUCGCUCUUCGUUUCUGGACAAUGUGCAACCAUUUCUAAAUAUACAGCCCGAUUUCAAAUUGAAACAUAUACGCGAACGUAUCGAAAAGAAAUGCCAAGUGCUCUAUUAUCCCAUCAAGUUUCAUGCCUUUCCCAACAAACGUCACAUUUCGCCUGCAUCUACGUCCCUAUCAGCCACGCCGAUGGAGCAGUCGUGUCUGCAUUUAAUUUGGCCCCAUCGAUGGGAACACGAUAAAAAUCCCAAACUCCUGAUGGAAGUUCUCAUGGAGCUAAAUAAACGUCAAGUUGACUUUAAGGUAACCAUAUGUGGCGAAAGCUAUUUAGCUGUACCCGAAGCCUUUGAGGGUAUACGUGAGAAACUUGGCUCGAAACUAAUCAAUUAUGGCCAUUUAACUCGCGAGGAUUAUGUAAAAACUUUACUCACCGGCGAUGUAGUCAUCUCAACAGCUGGUCAUGAAUUCUAUGGUGUGGCCAUGCUGGAGGCCACUUAUUGCGGUUGCUAUCCCAUUGCCCCCAAUAAGCUUGUUUAUCCAGAGAUUUAUCCCAAGGAAAAUCUAUAUAAUACAUCCAACUCGUUAAUUAAAAUGCUAUAUAAUUGGUGUCGUAAUCCCGAGGCGUUUCGUCGCCAUCGUGAUAAAUUCUUUGAUUAUUUUAGUUUUGAUAGAUAUUCAGCUCAACAUUUGGUUCCCAAAUAUCUGGACAAAAUGCGCAUUUAGAUAUCCACUUUGGAAUUGUGCAACAUAUGUAGAUAUAAGAUUCUUUUUGGUGGGACUUGUUUUCAUUAUAUAAUAAUCCUCUUGAGAUCGAUAUAUUUGUUACUUGACACACAAUGGAAUGACCAAUUUACUAAAAACAAUACAAAUAAUAACUGAUAAUAAGAUAUCAUCGUUUAGCCGUAAAUGUAGAUACCCAUCAUCAGCUCUUAUCCAGUAACUCGAAAUUCGUUUCAUUUCUAAAAUUGUUGACUUUAUAUAUGGAAAUCAUUGUUGAUGUGUCAUAUUCUGUAUAAGAUUUUUGCCGGGAAGAAUGUUUUCAAUUUUUAGAUCAUAAGUUCAAAAUUGUCUAUGUUAUGCUAAGAUUCCUGUUUUCUUUUAUAUAUAUAUAUAUGUAUAUAUAUAUACGAACAUGUGUUCUAUUGAUAAUGCUCCCGCGUUUAGUUCGAAUCAAGCACCAAUUAUUCUAAUUUAAUUACCUUAAACACAAAAUGGAACAAAGUAUCCAUGCUAUUUUCGCACAGGAACAAUGUUAGUUAGAUUAUUGUUUCCCAUACGCAUAAUGUGUGUAUGGCAUAAAAUAUAAAAUAAAAGGAAUGAAAAUAUA